UACAAUCUUAAUGUGCAUAAAAGAUCUCACACAGGGGAGAAGCCGUAUUCCUGUCCUGAGUGCGGGAAAUGUUUUUCACAGAAGUCCCAUCUCUACAAACAUCAGAGAUCUCACACGGGGGAGAGGCCAUUUUCCUGUCCUGAGUGUGGAAAAUGUUUUUCAGAGAUGUCUAGUGUUUACAGACAUCAGAGAUCUCACACAGGGGAGAAGCCGUAUUCCUGUCCUGAGUGCGGGAAAUGUUUUUCACAGAAGUCACAUCUUUCCACACAUCAGAGAUCUCACACGGGGGAAAAGCCGUAUUCCUGUCCUGAGUGUGGGAAAUGUUUUUCAGAUAAGUCCAGUCUUUCCACACAUCAGAGAUCUCACACGGGGGAGAAACCGUAUUCCUGUACUGAGUGUGGGAAAUGUUUUUCACAGAAGUCACAUCUUUCCACACAUCAGAGAUCUCACACAAGGCAGAAGCCGUAUUGCUGUCCUGAGUGCGGGAAAUGUUUUUCAGUAAAGUUCAGUCUUUACACACAUCAGAGAUCUCACACGGAGGAGAAGCCGUAUUGCUGUCCUGAGUGUGGGAAAUGUUUUUCAGAUAAGUCCCAUCUUUCCAAACAUCAGAGAUCUCACACGGGGGAGAAGCCGUAUAACUGCCCUGAGUGCGGGAAUUGUUUUUCCGAUAAGUCCAGUCUUUCCACACAUCAGAGAUCUCACACGGGGGAGAAGCCGUAUUCCUGUCCUGAGUGCGGGAAAUGUUUUUCACAGAAGUCCAAUCUUUACACACAUCAGAGAUCUCACUCAGGGGAGAAGCCGUAUUCCUGUCCUGAGUGCAGGAAAUGUUUUUCAGUGAAGUCCAAUCUUUACAAACAUCAAAGAUCUCACACGGGGGAGAAGCCGUAUUCCUGUCCUGAGUGUAGGAAAUGUUAUUCACAGAAGUCCAAUCUUUCCAGACAUCAGAGAUCUCACAUGGGGGAGAAGCCGUAUUCCUGUCCUGAGUGUGGAAAAUGUUUUACACAGAAAUCCAGUCUUUCCACACAUCAGAGAUCUCACACUGGGGAGAAG